AAGGUUCUUCACACUGCUCGGGGAAGAGCCUGCUAUGGUGGACUGUGAGACUCAGUGCACUGUCCUCCUCCCAGCGACCCCACGCUGGACCCCCUGCUGGACCCUCCACCCUUCGGCCCCCAAGCUUCCCAGGGGCUUCCUUUGGACUGGACUGUCCCUGCUCAUCCAUUCUCCUGCCACCCCCAGACCUCCUCAGCUCCAGGUUGCCACCUCCUCUCGCCAGAGUGAUGAGGUCCCGGCUUCUGCUCUCCGUGGCCCAUCUGCCCACAAUUCGGGAGACCACGGAGGAGAUGCUGCCUGGGGGUCCUGGGCAGGAGCCCCCACCCUCUCCUAGCCUGGAUGACUACGUGAGGUCUAUAUCUCGACUGGCACAGCCCACCUCUGUGCUGGACAAGGCCACGGCCCAGGGCCAACCCAGGCCACCCCACAGGCCAGCCCAGGCCUGCCGGAAGGGCCGCCCUGCCGUGUCCCUGCGAGACAUCACCGCACGUUUCAGUGGCCAGCAGCCCACACUGCCCAUGGCUGAUGCUGUGGACCCCCUGGACUGGCUUUUUGGGGAGUCCCAGGAAAAGCAGCCAAGCCAGAGGGACCUGCCAAGGAGGACUGGCCCCUCUGCUGGCCUCUGGGGUCCACAUAGACAGAUGGAUAGCAGCAAGCCCAGGGGGGCCCCCAGAGGGAGGCUCUGUGAAGCCAGGAUGCCUGGGCACUCCCUGGCAAGACCACUGCAGGAUGGGCAGCAGAGCUCUGACCUAAGAAGCUGGACUUUUGGGCAGCCUGCCCAAGCCAUGGCCUCCUGCCACCGCCCCCGCCCCCGCCCCAGCAGUGUCCUCAGAACACUCUACUCGCACCUCCCGGUGAUCCAUGAACUCUGACCCCUCCCCAAUAAAGGCUUCUGUAAAGAG